AUGUUCGGACAUGAAAUCACGAACUCAAGACUAAAAUCUCGAAAAAGUUUCAUACAAACAGCAAAAGAACUGCACGAAUCCCCACAAAAAGCUAGAUUGCAAAGGUGGCAAGAUGAGCUACAACCGGAAGAACUGACUCAGGCUACACAACAACUUCCAAUGGGUGGACACCUUCCAUGGCCACUAUGGAAAACUCUUAACAGAUUGAAAGCCGGGGUGGCGAGGACUAAAGCCAACAUGGUAAAAUGGAAAUUUAAUGGAGAAGAUGACACAUUAGGCGACUGUGGAGAACGACAGACACCUGAUGAACACCUUUUGUCAUGUACCAUGAGUCCAGCACAAUGUACCAAGAUCUAA